AAAUUGAUUCAAGAUCUGUUAAUAAGAGGAAAGUCUACCAACCAAAUUCACUUUCGUAUUCAGUUUAAGUCUUCAGCUAAAACCGGAGAUAAUGCAAUCAAGGUAACAGAUUAGCUGGAAAUGUUAAUUUGGAUUCUAUCUUAUUGGUAACAGUGAAGUUGUUCCUUUUUAUCUUGGUAUUUUCAUUUAUAUUAUGAAUAACUCAGUUUUAUUUAUAAAUAUAAUUUUGUUCACAGUCUGUAAAAAAGACUGGCAAGCUACCCAUUGAUUUCCCUAAGCCAGCUGUUGACCAGUAUUUCCCUAUGGCACCAAAAGAUCAGUGCCAUGACAACUUGCCUGUUUGGUGUUUGGUAUGUAUUAGGCAUUGA